UUUUGUUGGUGGCAAAUCAUCAGACACCUGGCUUGCCAGCCCAGCUAGUGCACAGGCUUGAAAGAAAAAUCCACCGCUUGAGGGUUUCUUCUCUUUUGUUUUCUUCUUCCGGAAGGCACCCCGUUGUUAAGCACCCUAGGAUCUUUCUCCGAGACGUUUUCACACAGGCACCCGAGACCAGGACGUCCUGCCCUGCCCGUGCACCCUCGGUGCCGCGGCUUCCGGGAGGGCGAGGCUGUCCCUGGGCGCUGCGCUCGCGGGUGAGUGGGGCGUCCCCUCGGGGAAUAUGGAUGCUAAUGGACACAAAGAAGUUUGGGAAGAUUAUCAGCUGAAUAAAGAGUUUAUGAAAGAUGAACAAAAUAAGGGACUAAUUGAAGAAAUUCAAAGGGGAAAUAUGCAGCUACGUGAGGAGAUCCAAAAACUUGAAGAAGAAAUACAAGAGGCCACUAGAGACUUCCAAAUUAAAGAGGAUAUUCCUAAAGCACAGGUGAAAUUCACCUCAGUAGAGAAAUCCAAUAACAGCCAGUUUUUCAAUGCCUCCUGUUCAUUUCAAGUGAGUUCACAAAUUUCCUAUGUCCUACAGAGAGGACAGGCACUCAUCACCUUUGAGGAAGAAAAAGUUGCACAGAAUGUGAUUGAAAUGGGAAUACACUAUGUGAAGAUAGGGGAUGUAAAUUUGGAGGUCACAGCUCAGCAAGUUCCCCUGAGCACAGGAGUCAGAUUCCAGGUUCAGGUUGAUGUUUCUAAAAUGAAGAUCAAAGUCACAGAUAUUCCUGAUGAAUUGCCUGAGGACCAGAUGCGAGACAAGCUGGAGCUGAGCUUUUGCAAGUCCCGGCUUGGAGGAGGCGAGGUGGAGUGGGUGCACUAUGAUAAGCAGUCCCGCAGUGCUGUCAUCGGCUUUGUGGAAGCUGGAGUGGUUGACAGAAUUUUGAAAAAGAAAGACUAUCCUCUUAUUAUAAAUCAAAAGUGCCAUAGAGUUACGGUGGCUUCAUUCAUAGAAAAGCACUUGAAAAAGUAUCAGGUCUUUUCAGGAGUGUCUCGGAAGACGGUGCUUCUGACUGGACUGGAAGGCAUUCAGAUGGAUGAAGAGAUGGUGGAGGAUUUAGUUAGCAUCCACUUUCAGCGGGAGAAGAAUGGAGGUGGAGAAGUAGAUUUGGUGAAGUGCUCCUUAGCUCAGCCUUAUGUAGCAUAUUUAGAAGAAUAGACCAAAGGAAUGAUGAAAAUGAUUGCUUCUGACCCCAUAUCACUGCCAGGGGUGGAGAAUCUUUUUCUUCAAUGGUCAUUUGAUGUGUGUUGUUAGCUGCUAUUGAUGUUUAUGUUGCUAUGACAAAACCAUCUAAACUUAUUGAUUUUCAAAAACUGCCUAUAGUUGCUUUGAUGAGGCAAGAACAAAUGAUUCUGUGGGUCUUAGCCUGUAAGCUGGACAUUCCUUACCCCUGCAACAUUGGACAGAAAUGAAUACCUUUCUCUUUAAAAAAUGAAAACUUUAAUUUUUUGUGAUUGUGAUUUUAUUUUAUUUUACUCUUUUUGAAAGAUCUUGAUACAUAUCUCAGGCUGGCCUCACAUUUGUGACCCUUCAGAUUUCAAAGUGCUGAGAUUAUAGAGGAGUACCAACACAUCUGGCUUAAAACUUUCAUUUUUAUAGUGUCCAUUCAUUCCCAGACACAAGAAUAUAUUUCUAAGUUUUCCAAUUCCUCGUUUCUAACUCUGCUGCAGGCUUAUACACAUGUAAGUGUACAGUGUGGAAAAGGCUGUGGCGGGGUGAGAUCCCUGACUUUUGAGAUCAGCCUAAGUGAUCCAGAAGUUACCAGCUGGUAUUUGCUCAUUCUGUCACGGUCCCCUUGGAAAAUUCCAUUUUGGUUCCAUGCCCAUCAAUAUAUAGAUUUGAUAUAUAAGUUCUCCAAAAGGAUUCAGUUAUAUUUAACCAUGUAGGAUGUCUGUAAACAUUACCAGAGAUUCAAAGACUGACAGAGCUAUCCCCUGCCAUCUUGUAUAGGGUCUCA